AUCUUUGCUAAUUUACGAUCCCAUUUCAAGACCUUUCCACAGCUAAUAUGAAGCAAAUAGAAAUCUCCAACAUUGAGUCCGAAAAAACUUCCCUCCGGACCGAAGAGGCCGAGCGUUUCUGUAGUGCUACUGUCUCCAGAGGAUGUAAUGUAAUGUAAUGCAACUCUCCGAAGCAUUAAAUACCUAUUAAUCUCUGAACUUGUUGGGGGUUACAGAUUUUGUAUGUGGGCUUGCCUUGAAUUCCAAGAAAGAAUCAGCGCAAUUCUUCGCGUUUGAUCUCUCGAAUCUCAGCCUCGGAACGUUUCUGUGCUUUCCUUUUCAAGUGAAGCCUUGUUGUGUUUCCUUUUGGAGCUUGACAGGAAGCAGAAGUCUUCUGCUUCCGUAACUUACUCGGAGAAUGGACAAGAAGAAGAAAGAAGUCAUCCGAUUGGAGCGUGAAUCGGUGAUUCCAAUUCUCAAGCCAAGACUCAUUAUGGCAUUGGCCAACCUCAUAGAACAUAGAUCUGAUCAGGCCGAGUUCUUAAAACUCUGCAAGAGAGUUGAAUAUACAAUUCGAGCUUGGUAUCUUCUGCAAUUUGAGGAUCUGAUGCAAUUGUGCUCUCUUUUUGACCCUGUCCAUGGGGCUCAGAAAUUGCAGCAGCAAAACCUAUCUCCUGAAGAAAUUGAUGUUCUUGAACAGAAUUUCCUGACAUACUUAUUUCAGGUGAUGGAGAAGAGCAAUUUCAAGAUAACAACUGAUGAGGAGAUUAAUGUAGCACUUUCAGGCCAGUAUCUUCUAAAUCUUCAUAUCACGGUUGAUGAAGCCAAGCUUGACAAUAAACUUCUUAAGAAAUAUUUUGAGAAACAUCCUCACGAAGAGCUUCCUGACUUUGCUGAUAAGUACAUAAUAUUCCGACGUGGCAUAGGAAUGGAUCGGACAACAGACUACUUUUUUAUGGAGAAGGUGGACAUGAUCAUUGCACGUUUAUGGGCAUUGAUUUUGAGAAUAACUGGGCUAGGAAGAGUUUUGUCCAGAAAGGCAAGUGCAUGGCGUAAGAAAGAUCCAAAAAAAAAUGACGAGAUUUCCACAGAAGCAGAGCAGGAAGACUUAUAUGUUGAGCGGAUUCGUAUCGAAAAUAUGGAACUUAGUGUCCAGAGACUGUUGAGCAAAAUCACAAUCCAAGAACCUACCUUUGAUAGGAUAAUUGUUGUUUACAGGCAGGCAAGUACCAAAGAAAAACCUGAACGAGGAAUAUAUGUGAAACAUUUCAGAAACAUUCCAAUGGCCGAUAUGGAAAUAGUUCUUCCUGAGAAGAAAAAUCCAGGAUUAACACCAAUGGACUGGGUCAAAUUUCUUGGCUCUGCUAUAGUUGGGCUGGUUGCUGUGGUUGGCUCACUUGAUAUGCCUAAAGCUGAUCUUUGGGUCAUUUUUGCCAUCCUUUCCACAGUAAUUGGUUAUUGUGCUAAGACAUAUUUUACGUUUCAGCAAAACAUGGCUGAUUAUCAGAACUUAAUCACAAAAUCCAUGUAUGAUAAACAACUGGAUAGUGGAAGGGGCACUCUUCUUCAUUUGUGUGAUGAUGUAAUACAACAAGAAGUCAAAGAGGUGAUUAUAUCAUUCUUUAUAUUGAUGGAACAGGGUAAAGCUACAAGACAGGAUCUUGACCUGCGAUGUGAGGAACUAAUAAAAGAAGAAUUUGGCGAGAGCUGUAAUUUUGAUGUGGAUGAUGCAGUUCAAAAGUUGGAGAAGUUGGGCAUUGUUGCUCGGGAUUCUAUUGGGAGGUAUUACUCCGUAGGAUUAAAGCGUGCUAAUGAGAUUAUUGGCACCACCACAGAGGAGCUGGUCCUCAAGGCAAAACUGGGUGCUACUACUUGAUGCUGUAUGAGAAGGUGUAAUUCUACUCCAAGCAUGUCUCAUCAGAUGUCUCAGAUGUGUUGUUUCCCAGACAAGGACUGCUGUUUGGGUUUCCCGAAUGUAAAAUUUCCCUUUAAAAUUUGUGAAUGUACAUUGAUGCGUGCGAUUUUCCAAAUGUAAGUUUGUAUGGAAUGUUGUAGCUAUGUUAUUUUUGUUGUCGAAGUCUAAUUUGUAUUACUCCACGAUCAAUGAUAUGCUGCUCCCUUGGGUUUGUGUUCAAA